CGGGCCGGGCCGGUGUGGCGUAGCACAGGCCACACAUCUCUACGAAACUAUUCCAGUGUGGAAGAAAUGCAGCCGCCACACCACCGCAGUCCCCGACCUGCAGUCCUCCUAGUCGACGACCUCUCCCUCACUGCCUUGGCCUCCUCCUUCACCAUCAUCAAACAUACUCUGUUUACUUCACCUCAGUCACACUCUCCACAACGACUAACUACUCGCCAUAUGGCAUAAACGCGCACGACGCGGAAUUCUUCGUCCAUGUGACACUCCCUCAAGUACAACGAAGUGGCUUCGUGAAACGAGCUUGAAGAAUAAUAACCUCACAAGUUUCUGACUCUGUAUAAAGACGCAAAGCAGCAAAACACGACAGAUCUGGACAGGAGCGUAAGACCCCCCAUCUCCCCCAUUCCCCUCUCCCGCUGACGCGCCCAGCGACCUCCCGCGCGCUGCCCACUACCCGCAACAUGGAGGGCCAGUCAUCAGUAGAGUGCGGGAGUCAGUCGGGCUCAGACGUAGAGUCGGCCCAUCGCCUCAGCCGACGCCAGAGGCAUCAGCUGGGGGGGUCCAGGAGACAACAGUGCCUGGAUCAGGAGAUACACCACCUGGGCCGCGAAGACAACUUCCUCGAUGAGGAGGAAGUGAGCACAGAUGACAUGACGGCAGACAGCACCAACGGCCACCGCCGCACGUCCUCGCCGGCAGACUGCUCCAUGAAUAGAAAGAGCAACAAGCCGCUGAUGGAGAAGAAGCGACGUCAACGCAUCAACCGCUGCCUCAACGAGCUAAAGACCCUGGUGCUGGAGGGCUCCAAGAAGGACCCGUCUCGAUACAGCAAGUUAGAGAAGGCUGACAUCCUGGAGAUGACGGUCCAGCACGUUCAGGCGCUUCACCGGCACGAGGGCGGUAGGAUGGCGGGCGGCGGACGGCUGGGAGGCAGUGAAGAGGCCAAGUACCGUGCCGGGUACACUCACUGCGCCGCAGAGGUCGCAAAGUACCUGGCCAGCUUGAACGACCUUCCCCACGAUCUCCAUAAGAAGGUAUUUUCUCACCUCAGCACCAUUGCCACCUCCCUGUCUUCCAGCGUUAACAGCAACACCGCCUGCGUGCAGAACAACGUCAAUGUGAUGCCCAAUCCUGCGCCAAUUAUCCUGGUGCUCAACACCACCGCUGGAAUCCCCGUCUCACAGGCACCCACGCAACAAAUCGCCUACCAGGAGAGCGGCGGCAAUUCUCUGGGUCCCCAGCCCCAGGUGACGUUCGUGACCACGCCCAGGUUCCAGACCACAGGCUCAACCCCCGUCCAACAGCACUGUGGCCUUCAGAUACAACCGACACGCUUCAACAACAGUGACCUGACCUUGGUACUCCCUGCCACGCAACAUGUCAUCUCUCAGAGCUGCAACACGAGAGAAGCACCGAGUGCCGCCCUGCAAGCCUCGGCUCCUGUCCUAACAGCUAUUCUUACAUCUGACAGGAAUGGUAUUUCUUCCUCCUUCGUCCAGCCACCAGCCUUGUCAACAAGCAGCGAAGAUUCUGCUCUGGGCACCGAGACGCUUGACACAUCAGACAGUGAUAUCAGUUGCUCGGGGGUCAGCACUCCUAUGUCUUCCAUGAGCAGCGCAGGAUCCCCAGCACCUGAGGAGGCUGGUCGAUCGUCACCCAAGAGAGCAAGUACAUCUAGGUCGUCACCGCCACUCAGAGGUCAGUUAUGGAACAGUGGCAGCUUCAGAGAAGAGUUAGGCUCGUCAUCUUGCUCCAGCCGAGGCACCAGCUCCCGCCGUCAGCCUGUGCUGGCUCCCAAACCCUCGUAUGUUUCCUGGCCCUCACGCUCUGCGCCACAAGAAAAAUAUCAGAAAAUACCAAAAGACAAAAGUCCUCCACCGCCGCCGCCAGCCGACCCCCAGUCCAUGUGGCGGCCGUGGCACUGACCAGUGGCACUGACCAAUGACACUGACCAGUGACACUGGCUAGUCCCCCUCUCAUCGCUCAUGCACAAUACUUGCCAACCAUUCGUCCGUCAAAGUACAACUCUUAAUCUCAGUAGUAUGAAAGUACUCUAGCUCUUUUUGUACUAUUGGAAAUAUAACUAAAGACAAAUAUUUGUAGUCGAAAUGAGACCUCAAAAUCGACCAUGAGGUAAAAUUAGUUUUAUAUGGCUUUAAAAAUUGUUUUGAGGAACAUAUGUGAAAACAGCAUAACGUGAUGAAAAAUAUUAAUGAUAAAGAAAUAGUGGAAUAUUUUGCUGUCUGAAAUUAUUUAAGUGGAAACAACUAUAUGGAACAAUAGUUGUUUUAAGUGGAAACAACUUGUAUUAUUCAUAUAGAAACAACUAUAUAUUUGGAAUUAACAGAAAAAUAUAUUGAUAAAUUGUGAGGUUAAUCAGUGGCAAUUUACAUGAACCGGAUCUACAAGAACUGGUUUAACUCCUCAUGACAGAAAAGUUGAAGGAGGACUGCUGUCUGCGUCUCCUGGAAUGCCAAGCAACGUUCUCAUUAUGUGUUUACCUGGAGGUCUCGACUCGUCUCCAGGUUUAUCCAAACUCCACUGACAACCCAAACGCUUGAAGGACAAUUCAAGCCCAAGCCGCUUCGUCUACAGAGCUGUGGUCCACUAGAAAGUAAAGGGCAAAGAUAGCCAAGCCCGUGAUCUCAUGUUGUCGUUGUCAUUUCGAGGUCUGGGCCAGCAGUGAAUGGGAAGGCUUCGGCUGUCACUUUAAGCAGUAAUGCAUUAAAAUAAAAGAUUGUCUUUCACCCCUCCACUGCUGUCCCAGGCGUCGUUCUGUUUUUGUCUUAAUGACAUCUUUAUUGUUAUUACGCUUAACCACACUGGGCCAACUAACAGGCACCGCUGAGCACGUGUGUGUUGCACUGCACCUUUGCACCUUGCACCGUGUGUGUUUUUUAUUGCACCUGUACCUUGCACUUGUACCUGCACGCCCCCGCACCCCCGCACCUGCACCACAUUACCUCACAGAGGAGCUCGGACGAGGUUCCACCUUCCGCGGGGCCAGUCCACGACUAGAGGGUCACACGGCAUUUACUAAGACGAGUAAUAGCUUGGAAUAUAAAAGACAGUACAGUUAGUAUUCCUUACAGUUAAGCGGUUGCCACGUGAACAGCUAUCACUUCGCGAGAAUCAAACUAUAGGCCGUGUGACCCGAAGGUCUCCACAUCUCCAACCACAGUUGCUAUAGACCGGAGACGUCCCCCACCCCCGCGGAGAGUGCCACCCGUCCGCCCACCUCGCUAAGCCGUGGUGGUGUGUUUACUGUGAUCCUCCGGAACCCCUCGAGCCGUGACCCCGUGCCAUACCUUGACACCCCCUCACCCCCUUCCCUUCCCUGUUCAUUCCUCACCCUCCCCACCUCCCUUCGUUCCUCCGAGAAACUGCUCUAGCGACCCCCCCUCCCUUUCACCCCUUCCCCCAUCUCAUUCCGUCACAAACCUGGACUAAUUCUCGCGCCCCACGUCACUUCAUUAAUUUCCACUCAAUAGCUUCCCCACAAUCCUCCUCUAUUAACUCUUAGUCCCCAUCCCCUUUUUUUGCAGUAUUUUAAAUCCCUCCUUAUAGCACCUGAAAGUUGCAUUUUGUAGCACCUUAAAGUUGCAUUUUGUAGCACCUUAAAGUUGCAUUUUGUAGCACCUUUAAGUUGCAUUUUAUAAAGCCUUAAUGUUUCACCUUGUAACGCCUAAAUGUUCUAAUUCACAGCAUCUGAAGAUGAGAAAUUUCAUUUUGGCGUUUUCAAGUGCCCUUCAUGCCCCCCUCCCCCCCCCCCCACACAACCCCCUCAACACAACAGCAGUAUCCCCACCUCCCCCACCAUUCCCAACCUCCCCCUCACAUCCCCUCCCCACAUCCCCCCCACCUCCCCCUCACAUCCCCUCCCCACCUCCCCCACCCAUCCCCCCCCCCUCCACCUCCCCCACCCAUCACCCCCCCCCCCCCCCCUCCCCCAGCAUGCUCUGACUACGCGCACGCUGUAACCAAACUCAGUUAAACUGUCGUCAUUAUUAUUAUUAUUAUCAUUAUUAUUAUUAUUAUUGUUACUAUUAUUAUAGUUGUACUUCAGUUGUGAAUGAACUGAAGAUGCAACUGUAAGCAACGCUUUAAACUGAGUGUGGUUCAUGAAUCCCACCCCAGUGCCUUGUCUUGAUAGAGAUCAGUGAGAAUCCGUCCUAUAUCCUCAAAAAUGCAUGAGAAACUCUCUUUUUUUUUCAAACCUUUUAGGAUUUAGCAUGCACUUCUCUUCCAUCGCUUGUGUUCUUACGGGGAUAUUCCUGUCUCUUCUCCUCUUCUUCCUCUAGCCACUUGUCUGGUAUGAGUGGGCACGUAUGGAAGAGUAAGAGUGUAGCGAGAGAAGGCACUGCGCACGCGCCACAUCAGAGCCCUGUUUACUAAUGUAUUGUUUGCAUGUUGCUAUUUGGAACGCGCCCUCCCUAUCCCCCAUUCCCCCCCCCCCUCCCUCCUAUAUUGCAUCAAUAACUGAACGCGCCCGCCCUCCAUCCUUAACUUAGUGACAUAUUAGGCUACAAACAUAUCCACCUUCGUUCAGCUAGUCGUGCACACCCACCUUGCAGCAAGCACACUGUGGUCGCUACUCCCCAAGUGACCCAACCUCUAGUCAUUGUUUUUUUGGAGAAUAUAUUUUUUAUGAUAUGCUAGAUCAUCCUCGACAUACCCCCGCCCGGGGUAUGUGGUGGUGAUUAGCAGGUAAGGGAUACUUGACAAGGACAUUAAUAUCAUAUGAUGUGCAGACAGCCAAGAACUUGAAAAUGUCGGAUUUGCCUUUGACAGAACUAGUUUUCUCUCUUUGUCUUUCAGCCACUAUGAUGGCAACCCUCUCCUUCCAAGCACCACCAGUCUGGCCUGCCAGGUUUGUUAGUCAGAACAAGGUCAUCAAUAAUUUGUCCCCAGCAGUUAGAAUUUAUUAUGCAAUGCUUUGACUCGAGAAAGAUCGCCUCUGAUAAUCUUUUCUUGUGUGAUCUGUUAAUACAGGUCCGUCCGUCAACCCACCUUCCCGAACGCUAGUUGUCUGCGAAGCCACAUGUGCAAAAUAUUGACUGAUAAACCGCUAUAAGUUCACAUUUUAUUAUAUUGAAAUGUAAAACAUUAGCGUAAAUUGACUAAAUAAUGGAAACUUAAGACAACAUCCCACCGUAACUUAUCCUAGACCUAAUAUUCGGCAUAUAGAUGCUAUAUUUAGUAAUACGUGAGUAGGCGCAUUUUAUUUGCUCGAAGGUACCACUAAAGUCAAUUAAAGAAGUUCAUCGCAUAUUUAUAUCAUUGACGUUUUAACAUUCUGACUUUUAUGUUUAAAAUCUUGUUGUUGCUCACAUCUGAAAAUCCAAAUUGAAUUUACUCCAGCGAAAUCUAAAACCUUGUUAGAGGUGAUGUCAUCCACAACCCCACCCUCUCGUGGCUGGUAUUGCAGUCCGUCCACAUUGGAAUCAUCUGCGUCCUAGUCUUUGAGAGACUAACCCCUAUUCUUAACUUAUUUUAAAGAUUUUCUAAAAAUGAGACCCCCUGAAUUCAAUAUUUUCGAAUACGACAACCAGGGAAAACCCAAAUCCAUAUUAAAACUAGGAAUGUAAUAAUUCUGUUGAAUAAUUCACAAAAAGCAUAAAUGAAUCUUUAGUACUUCUUCUUCACUGUCCCAAAACAUUGAAAAAAGCCGCAUUCGGUACACCUUUAAACCCCCGUCGACGAGUGAGCAACAAAACUAUUUAUCUGAUAAAAUUUAUGAAUGAAGAUUAUGUUCUCAAUUAUGCUGCCCACAUUCCUCAAUUACCUUUACAUGCGGCCAGCACCCUUAUCUCCAUCCAAUCAGAUCCCUGGCGUACACUGAUUAUAUGUUCUUAAGUGGAUUUUUUAUACAUAGGUUGAAUUUAAUAAGUGAACCAGAGGAGGAGUAGUAAAAGGGGCUUAUACAGGAUGGGUUGAUAAAGAUGUCGGUAUGUUUUGUGGUGAUGCAUAGAUACCCACACCAGAUACCCGCAUACAAGAUACAUUAUAUAUCUGGUUCUCAUUACUCCCCAUAUUAGAUAUACAUUCAACCAGAAGCUGAUGAUGACGCUCACAUAUUUUGUUCACUAGAUCGUAUUGGGAUUUAUAAAGCUGGUGUUUAAUAUUAGUGACCAGUCGGAGAGGGCUUUUUCUGGGGUGUAAUGUUGCUCCUGCCGGUACCUUGCGGCCCUGACACCUGCAUGGCCAGGCGUACGGUGCUACGGAAGGAGGACCACGACUUGCACUUGGUUUUAUCUCUCUCUCUUUCUCUCUCUCUUAACAUUUUUUAAAAGAUUAUCGAUAAAUGAAACUCAUAAUUUGGUAUUUUGUUCUGUCUUUCCACCACCACCAUCACCACAAGCGGCAGCUUCAGGCAGAACCAGUCCUUGAUCGGGGCCAAGUGGGGUGGUGGUGGUGGAAGUUGGAUGGUUAAAUUUAAGGAUGGAGACCCACAUCCCCUUACUCCCCUUUCCAAAGGGAUGUGAUCAGAGACGGGGGACGGGCGCUCACAUAUAUAUAUCCCUAUCCCACUGAAGGGACGGUCUGUCAAUAUAUAUCUGUUUACCUGUUUGUGUGAUUGUAGCCUGUCUUCCAAACAGACCUGUGUCCCGACACUUCACCCCCAUCCUCCCCCCUCCCACCUUACUAUUUAAUUGAGCACAAAUUAUUUAUGUUUUGAUAAAAUCAAAUCAUCUUGAUAAAUAUUAAUAUACAUUUUAUAUUUAUACAUGUAGAAAUAUGCUGGUUUGAAACUGUUUGAUAUUACACAUUAAUAUCAAAUUCAUUGAGCACUUUUCACCGGGAUGUGAUUAGUAUAUAUGGUAUCAUUUAGUAAAUUUGGGCGACUCUACUUAAAAGAAAUGAAAUACAGUAUAUAUAUUUUGAAUAAUUUAUUUCCGGCCGAGGGGCCCCGGGUCCACUUGUGUAUUAAUCUGUGAUUUAAGUGUGAUGGAAUCUUAUGUAAUAAAUGCAUAAUAAAUUAAAAGUUAUGUU